GGUGACCGAUCAAGAUGGCGGCAUUCGGCACAGACCGCUGGCUCAACGCCUUGGCAAAUCACGAAAUUUUCAAGAAAAUACGCGACAAGUUGGACUCGCAGCCCAAGACUUCCGAGCGAGCGCUGGCGAAGAACCUGACCUUUUGUUUGGGCGCCGACUUUUUCCUGUGGGAUGACGUGGACCGCGUGUUUUAUACGACCAGCUUGCGCCAGUUGAACGCGACGGAGGAGCACGGCGGGAGCUUCCAGACGCUGCUGUGCAUCAACCCGCCUCGCUUCCCGGUGUGCCAGCUCCUCCUCAGCCCCACGCACGGCCACGUCGCGCUCGUGGGCCAGCGGGGUGCCUCGGUGCUGGAGCUCCCGCAGCGAUGGGGCAAACGGUCCGAGUUCGAGGGCGGGCGCAGCCGCGUCAACUGCAAAACAACCCCGGUGGCCGAGCGCUUCUUCACCAGCUCGCCAUCGGUGAGUCUCCGGCAGGCGGCCUGGUACCCGAGCGAGACCGGGGAGCCGCUGCUGGUGCUCCUCACGUCCGACAACACCAUCCGCUUUUACGGCUUGAAGGCCCCCGAGGCUCCUGUCAAAGUGGUUCCCGUGUCGCAGUUUGAUGACGAAGGCACCGUGCGGGCGCCAGCCCGUUCCUACGCGGCCUCGCUGGGGGAAAUCGCCGUGGCCUUCGACUUCGGCCCGGUGUCCUACGUCAGGGAGAGGCCCGUCUACCCCCUCUACAUCCUCUACGAAAACGGCGAAACUUACCUGUGCCACACCAGCCAAGUGAACAUGGUGAGCGUGAGCAAGCGCGUGGGGCCCCUGCCCAUGUACCCGGCGGCCGAGGACAACUACGGCUACGACGCCUGCGCCAUCCUCUGCCUGCCCUGCGUGCCCAGCAUCCUGGUCAUCGCCACGGAAACGGGCACUCUGUACCACUGCGUCGUGCUGGAGUCUGAGGAUGACGACGACACGGUGCCCAGGUGGAUAGCGGGCGGCGUGCCGGCCCUCUACGUGUUUGAGUGCGUGGAGCUGGAGCUCACCUUGAGGGUGGCGGCGGGCGACAACGCGGAGGAAGAGUCGGACUUCACCUGCCCCAUCCGGCUGCACCGGGACCCACUGUGCCCGCGGCGCUACCACUGCACCCACGAGGCAGGUGUGCACAGCGUGGGCCUCAUCUGGCUAGAAAAGCUGCAGGCCUUCCUGCGAGCGCGCGACGACAACAAGGACGGCCUGCCCGAGCUGGCCGCCGAGCGGCGCUGCGCCGUGGAGCACAUCGUAUGCACGCGGCCCCUCGCCAGCAGUCGCCCGGCGCCGGUGCAGGGCUUCCUCAUCGUGGCGGACCUCGCUCUGGGCGCCACCAUGAUCUGCGUCAGCGCCGCCUACGAGUGCAUCCUGCUGCCGUUGCUGAGCGCCGUGCGCGCGCCCUCGCCCCCGCUGCUGUGCACGCAGUCCAACCCGGGCUCGGUCAGCUCGCCUCUGCGCGGCCUGGCGGGAAGCUCCUUCGAGCAGCACGUCCGCAACAUCCUGGCCAGAGGCUCCGCCAACCCACUUCUGCUCAAGGCCGGCGACGGGGAGCCGUCCCCCCAGGAACGCCUUCAGCUCCUGAGCCGAGCCACGCAGGUGUUCCGCGAGGAGUACAUCCUGAAGCAGGAUAUGGCGCGCGAGGAGCUCCAGAAGCGAAUCAAGCUGCUGCGAGGCCAGCGGGCCAAGCAGCUGGAGGAGAUGGCGCAGUACCGAGAGGAGCGCCGGAGCCUGCGCGAGGCGGCCGAGCGGCUGGCCGACAAGUACGAGGACGCCAAGUACCGGCAGGAGGCCGUGGCCGAGCGCGUCAAGCGCGGGCUGGCCGGCCAGCAGAGCCGCUUGCCCAUCCUGUCCAACAGUGAGAAGGACAUGCGCAAAGAGCUGCAGGCCAUGAGCGAACAGCUCCGUCACUUGGACAUCUGCAUCAAGCAGGUGAAGAUGAAGAUGGAGUACCAGAAGACGCAGGUGGAGAAGGACGCACCCUUGGGCGGUGGCGCUGCCGCCACCCAAGGGCGGUCCUCCAUCUCACUGAGCGGCCCGCAAAAGAAAGUGGUGCAAGAUGUGCUUCGGGAGGAAGGCCAGCAGAUCGUAGCUAUGAUGAAGAGAGUCAAAGAAAUGUCCUGCCUCAUUUCCAUGAGAAGCUCUGACUUGUAUUUAAACCACAAGUGAGACGUGGCCAACGGCGGUGACUUGACUUUUGAUCCUCUUUUGUAAUGCCGCAAGAUUUUUGAGCAGUCUUUAAAAUGGUUGGUUUUGUAUGUUCAAUAAAAAAUGUUUCAUGGUUCGCAGUCAUUUCUCCUAAGAGACCCUCAGAAAUGGCAAAAGUCAUGAUUCUCUAUAGGUU